CAAUUUCAGACUUAAGACUACCAACGUACGGUGUUAAUAAUCCAAGAGUCUGGUUUGCACAAAUUGAAGCUUUGUUCAUGGCUAGAGGCAUAAGAUCUCAGGCAACAAAGUAUGCUUAUGUAGUUGGCGCACUCCCUGUUGAGAUUGCUGCUGAAGUCGGGGAUUUAAUCGAUCACGUGCCAGAAGCUGAACCUUAUGAUAAAAUAAAGAGAGCCGUAAUCCAACGCAGCUCGGUUUUAGACGAGAGAAGACUGCAUCAAUUGCUAACGUCUUGCGAAUUGGGGGACAAGAGACCCUCGCAAUUACUCCGACAUAUGAAACAUUUAGCAGGAUCAUAUAAGGUAGACGAUGCAUUACUUAAACAGAUGUGGUUUCAACGUUUACCACAGAACGUCACCCAAAUUCUCAGCGUAUCAGGAACUUCCGUCAAUCUCAACGAUCUAACUGAUAUGGCAGACAAGAUGAUGGAGAUUUAUCCCGACAGCCAGCGUUUGAAUGUACUACAAACCUCUAGUAGAGAC